AUGGAUCCGAUUGAACAUUGGGUUGACUCACGCAUUAAGGGACCUGCUAUUUUCCAUGGCAAUCUUAUCAGCAUGCAUCAUCUUGGCCCCGAAGAAAUUCGACUAAUAGAUGGACUGUUGUAUGGUGUUGCUGCUGGCAUAUGGAAUCGAUCUGCAGCCAGAGUUGAAGAGACAAUCAAUCGACCUCCGGAACCAGAAAAGACAUGA